AAGUUUUGGAUCAAGCUUAUCUUUAUUUUUAUCCUUCAUCCAAGUUUGUGUGACCAAGUCAACAGGUUGGAUGGUAAAUAAUCGUUAGGAAAAAUAUUGGUGGGCCCUAAGAAGUUUGUAACGUGAAGCAUUCAACCACUACAGUUUCUUAUGGUAUGGUCCACCUAAGAUUUGGAUAUUCUUCAUUUUUGGGCUCAUGCCCUUAAAUGAUCUAGCAAAACGUAUAAAUGGCGUGGAUAUUCAAUACGUACAUCAAGGUGGGGCCCACGGUAAGGGCUGCACCAUCUUGGGUGAGACCCAGGCUGCACCUAAGGAAGUUUUUAAUGGUGGGCGUUCAAUGACCACUGUUUCCUGUAAGUGUGGUCCACCUGAGAUUUUUACAUGUUUCAUUUUUGGACCUAUGCUAUAAAAUGAUCUAAAAAAACAGAUAGAUCACCUGGAUAUACAAUGCAUACAUCGAGGUGGGCCCCAUGGUCAGGGUCCCACGCACAUAGCUGCACCCGGGCACUACGUCGCGUCCCAUCAACCAACCCUUCCAACGCAUGCAAGAGAGAAGGAAUUUAACGUUUGCCCAUUUAAGAGGUGAUCACAACACCACCGCCAAAGUAUCAUCGAAUCAAUGCAAAAAUUCCAAACAGUAAGAAUUAGAAAUUAAAGGAAUAGCUCUUUUGGAAGAAAACCCAAAUCGCAUUUUUUUUUUCUCUUUCUUGCCUUCCAAGAGAACCCAAAUCGAAUUUUGCCAUCCAAACGCGUCCACAUAACGUCUAUAUAAAUCCAUGCAAGCUCUUACUUUCUCAUUCCAAACAUCUCACAAGUUCUCUAUGUACACAUAAGCCUCAAACAAGUACUGGAAUGGGACAAGAGACAAGUACUGGAAUGGGAAAAGUUAGAAAAUCACGAGCUACUGUGGGCCCCACUUACGAAGAUUUCGAGCCGUUGAUCGAUUGGGUCCAAGAGGAAGAACAUGAUACUAUCUUCGUCAAUCUGCCAGGAUUCAAAAAAGAGCAACUAAAAAUCGAAGUCAAUGAACUCCGCAAGAUGAAGAUCAGCGGGGAACGCCUGAUCCAGGGUAACAAUUGGACUCGAUUCUGCCACGAAUUCGCUGUGCCUGAUUACUGUAAUUUGAGCAAGAUAUUAUGUAUAGAUUUCGCGAAUGGAAUUCUUUCUGUGAGCCUGCCAAAAAUGACCACUCAAACGAGUGGACAAGAUCAACGUCCGCAGACCAAAGAAUCAGUAGAAAAGUGUGCGCCUCCAACUCCAGCAGUAGUUCAACAUCCGCAGACCAAAGAAUCAGUAGAAUAUCGUGCGCCUCGUGCGCCUCGUGCGCGUCCAACUGUAGUAGAUCAAGUUCAACAUACGCAGUCCAAAGAAUGCGUAUGUAAGGUUGGGACUCAGACUCCAAAUGCUGCAGAAGAUCUACAUCAGCCAACAAAAGAAUCCAUAACAAAGGUUGCGACUCAGACUCAAAAUGCUGCAGAAGAUCAACAUCGGCCAACCAAAGAAUCCAUAACAAAGGUUGAGAGUAAAAUUUUUGUACAAGAUCAAUGUCCGCGGACGAAAGAAUCCAUAACAAAGAUUGAGACUCAAACUGCCAUACAAGAUCAACAUCGGCCUACCGAAGAAUCCAUAUCAAAGGUUGAUAUUCAAAUUUCCGUACAAGAUCAACGUCGGCCAACCGAAGAAUCCAAAUCAAAGGUUGAGAUUCAAAUUGCGGUACAAGAUCAACAUCCGCCGACCGAAGAAUCCAUAUCAAAGGUUCCCCUACAAGAUCAACAUCCACCAAUCAAAGAAUCCAUUGGGGAGAAAACAGCUGAGCCUCCCAUCUACAAACAAGAUCAACCUGUGCUGAAAGCCGGGUCUCCAAUCGAAAAACAAGAUCAACCUAUGCUGAAAAAUGAGAUUCCAGUGGACAGACAAGAUCAACCUAUGCUGAAAGCUGAGACUCUAAUGGACAGUCAAGAUCAAUCUAUGCUGAAAGAUGGGCCUCUAAUCGACAGACAAGAUCAACCUAUGCAAUUCAAAGAAAGUUACAAAUAUAGUAAAGAAAGUUGUGAGUAUAGCAAAGGCAGCUCCCUCAUUGGAUUGAAUAGGCCUAGAGAAUUGAAUGUGAAUGUGGUAGUCGCAACUAUGGUUGGGCUGGCACUCGGGAUUGGUGUAACGUACUGUGCUAAACGCCGUUAA